CAGAGAGAAGCGCGUGCUGGUUCUUGAGGGAGCCUCUUCCUGGCCUUGGCCUUUUGCCGCCGCCGCCGCUGCUGCUGCUCUUGAGGCGCUUCUGAGGGGAGGCGAUGAUCGACCCGCAGAAACGGAAAGCUCCCGCUUCCGACAUGACUUUGGUCGCGGCGGCCUCCGGGGCGAAGAAGCCCCGUCACGAGCUGGUGUUGGGGUCGGGCCCCGGGGCAGGGCAGCCGCCGCCGCCGGGCGCCUUAUUGCAAGCGGGACCGCCACGGUGUUCGUCUCUCCAAGCACCUAUAAUGUUGCUUUCAGGGCAUGAAGGAGAAGUUUACUGUUGCAAGUUUCAUCCUAAUGGAGCUACACUGGCAUCAGCUGGAUUUGAUAGGUUGAUAUUACUGUGGAAUGUAUAUGGUGACUGUGAUAAUUAUGCCACUCUGAAAGGACACAGUGGAGCAGUUAUGGAACUACAUUACAAUACCGAUGGCAGUAUGCUGUUCUCUGCCUCCACGGAUAAAACAGUAGCUGUGUGGGAUAGUGAGACAGGCGAGAGAGUGAAGAGGCUCAAAGGACAUACAUCUUUUGUGAAUUCUUGUUAUCCAGCAAGGCGUGGACCUCAGUUGGUUUGUACAGGCAGUGAUGAUGGUACAGUAAAGCUGUGGGACAUCAGGAAAAAAGCUGCUGUUCAGACAUUUCAAAAUACCUACCAGGUAUUAGCAGUGACCUUCAAUGAUACUAGUGAUCAAAUAAUAUCUGGAGGCAUAGACAAUGAUAUCAAGGUGUGGGACCUUCGUCAGAACAAACUGACUUAUACAAUGAGAGGACAUGCAGAUUCUGUUACUGGUCUCAGCCUUAGUUCAGAAGGCUCUUACUUGCUUUCCAAUGCAAUGGACAAUACAGUUCGUAUCUGGGAUGUUCGGCCCUUUGCCCCUAAAGAACGGUGUGUGAAAAUACUCCAAGGGAAUGUACAUAAUUUUGAGAAGAAUCUGCUGCGAUGCUCCUGGUCACCAGACGGAAGCAAAAUUGCUGCUGGAUCUGCAGACAGGUUUGUUUAUGUGUGGGACACAACCUCAAGAAGAAUCCUGUACAAGCUGCCAGGCCAUGCUGGUUCAGUAAAUGAAGUCGCUUUUCAUCCAGAAGAGCCAAUCAUACUUUCUGCAUCUAGUGACAAAAGGCUGUACAUGGGAGAGAUCCAGUGAGGAUGGCAGAAGACAACCAGAAUGGUUUAUGUUUUUGAUUUGGGAGACCGGGUUAUUUCUAGCCAAUUUUGGGUAGAAAUCAACUGUACAUAGAAGUGAAGAUGAAUAGACUGCAGCAACACCACCUCCAUAUGCAAAUUUAAAUAUAAAUUAUAUAUGUUUUAGAAGAAACAUUUUUGAAUUCUUAAGAGUAUAUGCUGAAGAAGAACAAGGCUUGCAGUCUGGAAUUAUUUAGGAUUUGAUGGAUGUAUAGGUCUCUGAUUUUUAGCUGAAAAAUAUGCUUUUGACUCAUUUAAAAUAAGUUCACAUUUGUAAAAUGAGUAAUGCUUAAUAUUGUAUGUUUCUCUUCAUUUUGCCACUUUUAUACAGAAAAAAUAAAAUAUUUUG